CGCUGUCGUUCAUCUCACAGCCAAAUUGCUAACUGCCCAGCCACGCUCAUCUUCCACAUUUUCCCACUAUAUCGAAAGACGCUCUCAUCCCUCCCAGCAGCGACACACGUCUACCCUCGCUGAAUAAAUCUUAUUUCGCCGUCUCUUUCGCUGAAUUUGUAUACACCAGUAGAAUCACCAUGGAUAUUGACGGAAGCAGGGAGCCACCGAGGAAGCGUCUACGUUCAGCACAGCCAACUCGUCGCGGGAGGUCUCGUGUUGCACGUGGCGGGGGCUCCCUGAACGGCAACACUACCAGAGAAGAGUCGGAUGGACCCGAUAAUAAAGCAACAGAACAGCAAGCACAAGCGCCUGACAGCUCGUUUGACCCACGAUCGCUUUCCAUACCCGCUGCUCUGGAGAGAUACAAAGCUUGGAAAGAAGCCGGAGCGCAACACGAUGAAUUUUGCUUCAUUUGCCGGCAGACCAAGGGUCUCACCUACUGCGUCACUUGCAAGAGGUCGUACCACGAGUCCUGCAGGCCCCAGGAGAGCACUCAUUCUGUUGUUAAGGGCAACAAUUGCUUCUUUUGCGAAGUCUGCGUCCACCGCAACUGGCACAAAGGUCCUCCGUUUUUGAUGCCGGAGAUGCGGCCUUUGGCUGCUUCAUCAUCGUCAUCUACCCAUGCGGAAACAGUAGACGCAAUGGGAGGUACACCCUUGACUAAGGGAAAUGCUCGGCAAGAUGUACCUGAUUCAUACCAACUUCGCCAGGACCAAGAGGCAAGUGGGACCGAGGCGUCGAGAGCCACGCCCAGUACGGCGGCCAGGAAGACUCGUACGACCAAGGCAUCCCACUCGGCUGCGAGGGAGGUGAUAACCGCAGGCCCUUCAUCUAGCAACACUCGUACCGAAAACACCCCAUUACCGCCGCCGGCGGCGGCGGCACCCUCACGGGACGAGCCCCGUAGCGGCUCUUCUACAGUAGGACGGGCACCAGCCGCGCGGAAGUCUCGCUACACGACCCUGCCGACAGACGUCGACGCCGCGCUGCGGCUCCUGUACGCCGAGCUCGAGACGGCCCACGAGCUCAGGCACAAAGUCGGCGACGUCGAGGGCCAGGUCGCGCAGAUGCAGAGGGAGCUCCACCUGCGCAACAGCGAGCUCGCGGUGGCCAGGCGUGCGGCCGACGUGAGCCGCGUCUCGGCGACGGAGAUGGAGCAGCUGCGAGAGCGGGCCUCGCUGGGGGAGACGGCCAUUGCUGAGGCGGUCGAGCUGAGGGCGGAGAACCGGAUGUUGCGCGCCGAGCUGGAGACGAGCCGCGAGAAGCUGGCGGAGAGUAAUCGGGCGCUGGAGGAGUGGAAGCGGAAACUUUCGGCGUUGAUGUCAUAGCAGGAAGGCUGGGAGUUCAUGUAUUGCAGAUCAUGUGGUUGGCAUGCUUCAUCUUACGUAAUUUGUAAUCAAGACCUUUGUACAGAUAUCAAGGUGGGAAAUUUAGAGACAAGAAGAGGUAGGCAUGGGGG